ACAGCUUGCAGAGAGGAACUGAGAUUCUAGACAUCCAAUAAUAUACUAACCUCAUUUAAUCUAGAACCAUCUCAAUGGGACAUGAACAGAAAUAUUAGACAACAGAAAAACACGAAGACAAUAAUAAUCAAUAGAAUGCAAGUGGCAGAUGGUAUCUAAAGAUAAACCCACACUAAUUCCGUUUGUAUCCAUCGACAACUGAUAACCUGUUAGAUCAACACAGUGGAACAAAAAUAUAAACAGAACAACAAAUUGAGAGUAGAAAGAGAAUUUAACUUAUUUUAAUUUUUUUUUUGUCGGAGAAGAAACUAAGCUCAGAACCAAAAUGGAUAAAUUUCGGAUGAUCUUCCAGUUCUUACAGUCCAACCAGGAAUCCUUCAUGAAUGGAAUAUGUGGUAUCAUGGCACUGGCUAGUGCGCAGAUGUACACAGCAUUCGAUUUCAAUUGCCCGUGUCUUCCAAGCUAUAACUUGACUUACGGAAUGGGGGUGCUCUGUGUUCCGCCGAUUGUGCUAUUUCUACUUGGGUUUGUCAUGAACAAUAAUGUGUCUAUGUUGGCAGAAGAAUGGAAGAGGCCCACCGGGAUGAGGCAAAAGGACUCCGCAGUCCUUCGUUACAUGUUUUGUUCAAUGACGCAGCGAGCAUUGAUUGCCCCAGCGGUUUGGGUAUCAGUAACUUUAUUGCACGGAGAGUGUUUUAUAUGUGCAUUUAGCACUUCAGUGCCCGUUGAAAAACUCGGUAACAUGACGGGAGUCACCCUAUCUGAAAAGGAAAUUAAAAGAAUAUUGGCCAGGAUUCCUUGCAAAGACAUCUAUGAUGGGCAUCACAUCAUCGGCCAAGAAGUGGCUUCUCGGUACCUGCGCUGUAUCUCUCAGGCAGUUGGCUGGACCUUUGUCCUCUUGAUGACCUUCUUUGCAUUCCUUGUCCGUGCCAUUCGGCCUUGUUUUACCCAAGCUGCUUUCUUGAAAAGCAAAUAUUGGUCUCAUUACAUUGAUAUAGAGCGUAAGCUAUUUGACGAAACCUGUACAGAACAUGCAAAAAGCUUUGCAAAGCUGUGCAUCCAGCAGUUUUUUGAGACAAUGAACAAGGAUAUAAGCAUGGGCCAUUCUCACAUCUUGGAGAAGACCAGUAUGGAGCAAGAAGAGAAUGAUAAACUUUUGGGAAUCACUAGCCAAGGCACUAUGAACAAACUUCUGAAAAACUGGCAUAAGUGUAAGCCCCCACUUAAUUUGAAUAAUUACGAGAACCAAAAUGGAAAUGGCUGCAUCAAAGAAAAUCAUCAAUGUAAUGGAAUAAAUGUCCCUAAGAAAGAAUUUAUAACAUAUUAUAGCAAGGUAUGACAACUGAAAAACGAUGGAAGACAGAAGAAGUCCUUCCUUUAUGGAAUAGGAAGCCAUUGAUCUUUCUAUGGGCUCUAGGUGCAGAUCAAUGGAACAUGAAAUUAAACGGGACUAAAGUCAAGUGAUGGAGAAUCAUGCAAGUUGCUGCCCACUGUGAGCUUUUGAGUCACAUGUUGACCAACCACUUCUAGAUUCAUCACUGGUAUUGCGUGAGAAACAGCCAACAUGAUAUGCCUUAAUAUGGCAAUGAGGGUCUACCAUUUAUCUUGAAAAAACACAUUGUGUCAUGGUUGAAUCCCACAUCCAAUACUUGUGUACAAUAAUUUUAUCUUCAUAGAAAACUCUUACCUUAGUGAUGUUGUAAGAUAUACAUUUGCCAGUAGUUAACUGGCUUGACUGUAAACUUGUCAACUUAACUAGUAAUCUUAAUUAAGCAAAAAACUGUCCAAGACUCCAUAAGAGGUGAGAAUGAAGAAGUUUAGUUAAAGAACGCAGAACAUUCUCAAUAAAUAGUGAUCAGACAUUUUUAACAUACACAAGCUCACAUCAAUAUCUAAAGCAAUGGAUUGAUCCAACCAAAAUACAA